ACAAUGUCUUCUUCGUCUACGAGGGAGACUUCUGAGUCGUCAUAUAACUAUGAGUCAGAAGAAGGACAAAUUCAAUGUCUAACCUCGAAACAAUAUGAUUUUACUUCGAGCUCAUCUGACGAAUGGGUUGCUGCUUUUAAGGAAAAAUGUAAAACGUCAACGCCAGAAAAUGGCCAGUCUCGAUUACCCGACGGAACAGGAUCCAGGGGGUGUAAACGGCAAAACAGCUGUGAAGAGGACACUCUCCCAAACUCUGCUUUUGAUGAUGAAGAGCGCAAGGAAGUGGAAGAAAUAAUUUCAAACGUUUUCAAAGGUGAGGUCAAACUGUACCCCAGAUAUAUGGCUACGUGGCUCAAACGACAUUUACCAAACGUCUAUCAGAGAAUAAUGAACACCUUUGCUUGUCCAUCAGUGUUCAUGUUUGCAGCCUUCUCACUGACGAAACAUCUUGACUUGGACGGAUUUGUUCGCAUUCCGAAACAUGUCCUCUUUGACAUCUGUGUCUUCCGGACAACAAAACCAAUUAUGAUACUGACUUUCGUGAGUGACACAACAAGGGAGGAGAGUGUUCUCUUUUAUAACGCUCGACUUUCAAAGUUUGCUUUAAGGAGCAUCAAUGAAGACUUGAAGUUGGACCUGUCGGUCGUACAUGGUGUUCUCGGUGAAGAAGAUUGCAUCAGUGAUGACGCAUUCACUGAGAAGAUUGAACAGUUGGAAAGUAAUACCACAGUGUUUGCACUCCCGAUGUCUCUUCAAAUGGACAGUAAUUUACACAGAAAGGUGGUGAAGAGCUUCCUGACACGAUUUGAAGACAGGGAAAGUUCCAAACAGCUUAAGGACAUGACCAAACCGGAGAAAGGCGUUUCUGAUCAAACCAAAUCAGAAAGCUGCCGCCACCACAACUGCAUCUAUCGGACUAUGUAUCAGAAACUGCUGACGAAGCUUAAAAGGAGAGAUCAAGGUGUGUGUGUGUCUCUUUCACAUCAGACCCGUGAACAUCCGGCGGUUGAACGAUGUCAGACUAUCGCAGCCAUCCAAAUAAAAAAACAAGGUGCCACCUUGAAGAUUCAUCCUUCAAUGAAGCCAUCAGUGCCAUCAAGUUCUGGUUUUGGUACUUACAUAAAUGAAACAGACAUCGAAUCCGAGGAACUGGAUGUUUUGAGGGAUGAUGAUUCUUUUAUUUUGGAGGACGAGAUCAAGAAAUUAAGACGUGAAGUAAGGCAGUUAGCAGCAGAACUAAAGGUCUUGGGUUGGAGAACUGUUCCAACUACACUUGCAGCUGGUUCAGAUACAGUGGACAAAGGCUGUAACCUGUCCUUGAAAGAUGCUGAUGGCGAUAAUGUUCUUCAUCUGGCCUGUAUAAGUGGAAAUAUUGACAUUGUCAGGUAUCUCCUUUCCAGAGAUGACAUUGACAAAGACAGAAGAGGGAAAUAUGGCGACACUGCUGUGUAUGGACGUAAAAAAAUAUUUGACCUGUUCGUUUCCAGAGGAUGCAUGUUAUCACUUCAGUCAGAAAACUUUGAUAACAUUUUACAUGUAGCUUGUAUUGGUGGCAAUGCUUCAAUCGUCAAGAAACUUCUAGAAAAGGAAGAAGCACUCAUCAACAGCAGAGGCCAACAUGGGAAAACCCCAGUGAUGGUAGCAGCACAGCGAGGUGACGCAGAACUGUUCAAUGUCCUUGUUGAAUAUGACUGUGAUUUGUCAAUUCGCGACGAUGACAAUAACUGUGUCCUCCAUGUGGCGUGUAUCGGUGGCAGUGCCACUUUAGUCAGCAGAUCAUCUCGAGAAAAUACUUUGGCGUUGGUGUGA